AUGAGAGAGUUAGCUAAAAACCAAACUGAAAAUGAUAACCUGUUCGACGCAAUCAAAGCUGUCAAAGAAGGACGCCCUGUGCUAUUUACUGGAGAGAUGAUAUUUCCAUGGAUGUUUGAUGAAAUACUUGCCCUGAGGCCUUUUAAAGAAGUUGCCCAAUUGUUGGCAGAGAAGAAAGAUUGGCCUCCUUUUUACGACAUUGCCACACUGAAUAAUAACAAGGUGCCAGUCGCAGCUGCUGUGUUUUACGAAGAUGUGUAUGUUAAUUUUAAGCUGUCCAUGGAUACGGCAUCUCAGAUAGCAGGAAUUAGGCUAUGGAUAACUAAUGAAUACAUGCAUUCUGGUUUGAGAGUCGGAGGCGGUCGGGUUCUUGAUCAUUUGCUAGGAAUGUUGAAUGGUAAGAAGCCUUUGUUUUGA